GGCGGAAUUAUCUCAAUGUGGACAAAUGAGAACGGAAUUGCGCUGAUUUUGCGGCAUUGACGAUGAGGAUGCGUCAACGAAGACGGGAUUCGGGGCUGCUCUUUGCUUUGCUGCUUUGUGUCUGCGGCUCGUCCGCGUCGCAACUGUCCUACUCCGUGAGCGAGGAGGUGAACAAAGGCUUCGUGCUGGGGAACAUCGCCAAGGAUUUCAACCUCAACGUGCACGAGUUGCACGCCAGAGGUCUGCGUGUGGUUGCCAGCACCAGCCAGGAGUUCUUUGACGUGGAUUUACAGAGCGGUAACCUAUUUGUAAAGGAACGAAUAGACAGGGAGGAGCUUUGUCCGAAUGUGGUCAAAUGUGCGUUGAGGAUACAAGCGGUGUUGAACAAUCCCAUGACGGCACAUCGAAUUGAGAUCAAUAUUUUGGAUGUCAACGACAAUUCGCCUGCUUUUGCGGAAAACGCCUACACUUUGGACAUCCCCGAAUCCGCUUCACCGGGAGAGCGGCAUUUCCUCCCGGUGGCCGUGGACGCAGACAUUGGCAGCAACUCGGUGAGGAGCUAUAAACUGAGCAAUAAUGAACAUUUUGCAUUGGACGUGCAGAGCGGAGGCGAUCACGGCGUGUCUGCCGAAUUGGUGCUGCAGAAACAUUUAGACCGAGAGAAACAAUCACUCCUCACACUCGCGCUCACCGCCGUCGAUGGAGGCAAACCUCCAAAGUCUGGCUCCUUGCAAAUCCGCGUCAACGUGCUCGAUGUCAACGACAACGUGCCCGCCUUUAGCAAGUCGCUGUAUAAAGUGCGUCUGAGGGAAGACGCCCCGCGGGGCUCACUCGUGAUCACAUUAAACGCAACAGAUUUGGAUGAAGGCAUAAACGGCAGGAUCGCGUAUUCCCUCAUUAAACGAGGCAACAACGAGCCGUCCGACAUUUUUAAUCUCAAUUCAGAAACGGGAGAAAUCACCGUGAAAGGGGCUUUAGAUUAUGAAGAGACUCCCGCUUACGAAGUCAGGAUCCAGGCAGCGGAUCAAGGCCCCGUUCCUCGUAGCGCGCUUGCAAAACUGCUCGUCGAGGUAGUCGACGUGAACGACAAUGCCCCCCAGAUAACGGUGACGUCACUGAUGACCCCAGUCAAGGAAAACGCAGAAUUGGGGACAAUUGUUGCCUUGGUUACCGUGAGCGAUAAGGAUGCGGGCGACAACGGGGCAGCCAACUGCCAGGUGCUCGGGUCACCGCCUUUUAAGUUAAAUUCCAACUACAAAAAUGAUUAUUCAUUAAUAGUUGAUGGAGCACUGGACAGAGAAAACAUCUCUUUUUAUAAUGUUUCCAUCAUUGCCACAGAUGAAGGAAGUCCACCUCUGUCCACGAGAAGAAUAAUUACAGUUCAGCUUUCCGAUGUUAAUGAUAAUGCACCUCGAUUUAUGCAACCCGUCAUUAAUGUUUAUGUCGAAGAAAAUAGUCCAGCGGGAUAUUCUCUUUGUUCCGUGAAAGCACAUGAUCCCGACUUGGGCCAAAAUGCAAAAGUGUCAUACACGUUGCUCGAUAUUUAUCCGAGGAAUGUGCCAAUUUCAUCACUUCUGAACAUCAACUCGGAGAGCGGCGACAUCGUCAGCUUGCAGUCGUUCGACUACGAGACGCUGCAGACGCUGGAGUUCCAAGUUCAGGCCACGGACGGCGGCGUCCCUCCGCUCAGCGGCAACGUGAGCGUCAACCUUUUCAUCCUGGACCAGAACGACAACAGUCCCCGCAUUCUGCCGCCCUAUUCCGAGCACGGCUCGGCCAACGGCGAGAGCGUCCCCUACUCCGCCGAAGCGGGAUACUUUGUGGCGAAGAUCAGGGCCGUGGACGCCGACUCGGGUUACAACGCGCUGCUCUCCUACCAGCUGUCGGAGCCCAAAGGCGGCAACGGGCCGCUCUUCCGCAUCGGAAGCGGCAGCGGGGAGAUUCGGACCAGGAGGAGAAUGAGCGAGGAUGACCUGAAAAGUCACCCCUUGGUGGUGUCGGUGUGCGAUCACGGAGAAGCCUCCCUGUCGGCGACGGUGUCCAUUGAUGUGCUGGUGCUUGAAAGCACAGCUGACAUCCGCACUCAGUUCAGACAUGUGCCCAGAAAGGAGGAGAGCUUCUCCCGUUUGCACUUGUAUCUGCUCAUCGCCAUCGCGGCCGUGUCGCUGGUCUUUCUGCUCAGCCUGCUGGCUUUCGUAGCCUUCAAAUGCCGCAGACGGACGGACGGCGGCGCCCCCGUGAUUGCCGCCCACCCCGACGGGAGCUGGUCUUACUCCAAAGCGACGCAGCAGUACGACGUGUGUUUGGGCUCCGACACGCUCAAGAGCGACCUGGUGCUUUUCCCCGCGGCCUUUCCGCCCGCCGAGGCCGAACUGAUCAGCAUUCACGGAGGCGACACCUUCACCAGGACUCAGACUUUGCCAAACAGCGAGAAGGUAGGCUGUCCAUAUCUAAAAAUGUCUAGAAAUGGACUUGGACUUUGCCGUGUAGUGAAACGUUAG